AUGUGACUUCCGGAAAGGUUUGAUUUUGUUUCCUUUUUUCGACUUUUAAAACUCCUUUUGAAACUGCUGGUUUCUGUCCAUCAACAAUAUAAACAAAUGGACGCAAGCCUGCAGGAGGGAGGCCGCUGGGCAGGCGGGGAUGGGGAAGGACCUGAUCUCGGGUCGGUGGACGCUUUGUCCUCCGUCUUCGCCAGGUUGCGCCGCUCUCACGCUGAACACAGUCAGGCUUGUGAUACUCUGGAGGGCUUGAUCGCACAGGAGAACAGAGAGCAACAGGAGAUAAAAGCAGAGAUCGAACGCACUAGAAAGCGACUGCAAGCGACGGCGACGCGAGAUUCCCACCAAGAAGCUGUGGUGGCGAACCUUACAUCGAGCGUGGCGGUGAUGCGGGAACAGAUUCGGGUCGCUGAGACGGAGAAAGCCCGCCUGCAGGAGGAACACGAUGCGCUGGUGCAGAGGCUGGACUCGCUGCAUCGAUCAUACCUCGCGCGGUUCGACCAGAUCAGGGCCCGAUACGCUGGGCGUCUAGUGGACAAUACACAGCUGGAGUACAGGGUUAAGAUAGACCAGCUGGCGGAAAGGAAGAGUGCGGCUGCUUCCAGAGUAACCAAGUUGGAAAAGGAAAAUAAACAGAAAGCACUUGAAGACUGGAAGAAGUUUCAGGCCACUAUCGUGAUGCUCCUCAAGACUGACUCACUAAUCAGGUCAUUAAGAGAAGUAAUUCAGAGGAAGGAAUUAGAGCUGGCAGCAAAGAAGGAAAGAGAGGCCGCUUUAGAGAGAGAAAAAGCCACAGCUCAGACGAAGCCAGAACAGCCUCCGCCACGCUCGCUGGGGUGGCUUUUAUCCUUGCAAAAAGUAUCGCAGAAACCGGAGGUGAAGUUGGCAGCGCAGUCUACGGGCAAGAUCAGACGUGACACACCUCGUCCCAAUCGCUUUGAUACUGGCCUCGGUCUGCUCAAGGCCUCUAAGCUCAGGAAGAAGAGUCAUACUUCCUCAUCUGGAGGCUCCAGAAGCGAAGGCACUCCGGAUGCUCAAAGUGCCACUGCAGAAUCUCCAGUUGGAGAUCGUGUGACCUCCCAGCCCUUCUCCAGCUUGGCGCCCGCUCGAUCAUUAUCAGUCAACCUAGGCCAGAGCCCUGUACUGGUUAGCAGUCAGGCCAGUUUACCUGUUACAGCUAAGGAUUCUAGAUAUGAAGACUCUGCCCAAAGCUCUGCUCCCUCAGUAUCUACUUUGGUGUUCAGCUCCAAGGCGAGGCAGGGCCAGCUUCCCACGGGUACUAGUCCUAGAGAUGGCACGCCUAGCCGCCCAUGCACAUCCUAUGGCCAAGACUCCAACAGCUCUCUGGAGGAACACAGGAUGGUGGCAAGAUCUUCCCAUCAGGGUUCUUCUUUUGAGUUCUCGGGACACUUGGCAGACGUGUCCAACACCUUGGAGUCAACCCAGGACCAGAUUUCUAAUGGUAGUAGCCUCUCGUGUGCCGACACUUCAUCACCUUGCGUUUCAUCCGGCUGUCGACCCCGGAACUCAACUGGUUCCAGUUUACCUACAUCAUCUUCAAACUUUGUGAACGAGUUGUCGUCCAUCACAGAGACCGAAGAGUCAGUGGAUGAAAAGAACCAGAGUGGGAAUUCGGAAGACAUUUGGUACACACCUCCGUCACCCUCGCAGCUGCCUACCAAAGACGUCCGUCAGGCUUAUGUCUCGUCACUCCUCAGCAGCCCAGAGUUUACCUUUAAGACAGCGCCAACUCCUAAGCAUUUUUCACAGAGAAUGGGACCAUCUGAAUUAUUUCGGCAGUCAGACGUAACACAGAAUAAGAUUUCAUCUACAGCCAAAAGCCAAAGUCGGCAGCAUCUUGGAGGUUCAGAUCAAGCAAAGGAAUGGACACCAGGCCCUCAACCGAAGUCUACAACAGAACAGUUAGAAAUGGAAUUAGAAUCCGGAGCGGGGGGAAGGCCGAAAAGCCGAUCCAACACCAUUCGAACAUCGACACCAGGAAAGACACAGAUAUCCCAGAUAGAUUAUUCAGCACAAUCUGUGAUGGUUGGUGGAGAAGAUACUACUGCAUCUGAGUGUACAGAGCUAAACAAGACGGGUUUCAUAGAAGACAUGGAGGUGGAAACUGAGGAAGCAUCAGACCAAAUGAUGGACAGCUCUCAGUUACAGUCUUCACAGGGCUUUAUUGUGGAAGUAAAUGGAGAUGCUGAUGGCACUAGGACAUAUGGUAUUGACCUGGCUGAUAAGUCUUCGAUUGGGUGUGUGGAAGUUUCGCAUGGUGAAUUAACAGAUAGCAGAGUCGCCUCGACCUUAACAACUGCUCUUCCAAACAGCACCCCUCCAUCAGACAGCACUCCCGCUUUCACACAUUCGACUCCUUCUAGCACUACAGAGGUCCACAAAGACCUUUUCACAUCUUCCCAGUGCGUCUAUAUGCCGUCGAGCAGCGCCAGUUCGACAGCAGACUCAGCCCUCCCAACGUCACACUCAGUGAAGACGCCGGUCUCCUACGCACAAUCGAUGCCCACGAGUCCUGCUCAGAAUGAGUCUCGCACAGCAGUGGGUGAAAUUGGACGACAAGAGGACUCCGGAUCUUCCAGUCCCGCUCCUAAGUUGCCAGUCAAGAGGAAUAUUUUCUACAAUUCCCCUGUGCCCUUUGCGGAGGCCGAGACCCACAUGCCCGUCCCAAGCAGCAGCAGCUCCCCAACCAUCUCCUGGAACCCUCAGUCAUCCUCGCCGUUCUUCACGAGCGAGAGGUUGCAGACUUCCGUAGUCCAGUCUCCGGUUACCUCGAGGAAACCGGAAAAGCCUCCCUCGCCAGGAAGUCCCUUUGGCUUCAUGUUAGGGGGACGUUCGGAUGCUGGCAGAGUGGCGGCCGGAGCUCUUAGUCUCUUUGGCUCGCCAGAGAACACGGAUGGUCUUGACGCCAGUCAGCAAAGUUCCGGUGUAAACUUCUCUCUGUUCGGCGACUCCCAGCCAUCUCAAGAAAGGGACAGUGGAGGAGACUUCUUUAACUUCAGCUUCGGCGGGACACAUGGUUCUCCAAGCACGAACUUCUCUCCCGAUUCUAGAUGCGCCACGAAGACAUGCCAAUUAGGCGCUCUUCCUAGUAAAGGUUUCCUCUCUACACUGGAAGACAUUUUGUUUGAAAUAGUCGGGGAUGCACGCAAAUGUUUUAGGCAACACAUUUACUCAGGAUCGCCUUACGUUAAUGCAAAUCUCAAAAAUAGAAAAAGAUAUCAAACUAGGAACAUUCCAUUCCACACUAGCAAUAACUUUAAUGCAGGUAAAAUGUACAUUAUUCUGAUUGCUUUGAAAGAUACAAACUAA